GAUGUUAAAGCUGUCAUCACGCAUUCCAUUCACAGCACGUUGAACUCGAUUGGUGGCAUUCAAGUGUUGUUCCCUUUGUUCUCGCAGCUAGAUAUGCCUUACGAUUGCAUAGCGCCGAAUGACGUCAAGCGAGAUCCAACUUCGAAACUGUUGGGGUUUAUCUGCGACUUGGUGGAGAGUUCGCAAACCGUUCAGCAACACAUGGUGCAGAACCGUGGAUUCCUGGUGAUCAGCUAUAUGCUGCAGCGAGCGAGCAGGGAUCAUCUGACGACGGAGGUGCUCGCGUCAUUUUUGGAGCUGACGAAACACCUGGUCACCUGUCUCAGCGCCAACAGCGACUUGUUAUUGAAACAGCUAUUGGACCACGUCCUUUUUAAUCCCGCUCUGUGGAUUUAUACACCGGCGCCGGUGCAAACGCGGCUUUAUUCGUACUUGGCCACAGAGUUCCUCAGCGACACGCAGAUAUAUUCGAACGUGAGAAGAGUGUCCACGGUGUUGCAAACGGUGCACACGCUUAAAUAUUACUACUGGGUUGCCAAUCCGCGAGCCAAGAGUGGAAUCACUCCCAAGGGACUUGAUGGACCGCGACCUCAACAGAAGGAUAUUUUGACAAUACGUUCUUAUAUUUUGUUAUUUCUCAAACAAUUGAUCAUGAUCGGGAAUGGGGUGAAGGACGACGAGCUGCAGAGUAUUCUCAACUACCUGACGACAAUACACGAGGACGAAAAUUUGCACGACGUUUUGCAAAUGCUUAUAUCAUUGAUGUCGGAGCAUCCAUCGUCGAUGGUGCCGGCUUUCGACGCGAAGCAGGGCGUCCGAACGAUAUUUAAAUUACUAGCGGCGGAGAGCCAGUUGAUUCGUUUGCAAGCGUUGAAAUUGUUGGGGUUCUUUUUAAGUCGCAGUACACACAAGUACGUAGACGAAUUCGACAAACGGAAAUACGACGUUAUGAGCCCUCACAAUCUGUACACGUUACUGGCCGAGAGAUUGCUCUUGAACGAGGAGACAUUGUCACUACCAACCUAUAACGUUUUGUACGAGUGAUUCUGAAGGUUGUGGCGACAUUAAUUAGACAAUCAAAACAGACGGAGCAACUGCUCGAAGUGAAGAAGCUGUUCCUCUCGGAUAUGACAUUGCUGUGCAACAACAAUCGAGAGAAUCGGCGAACUGUUCUGCAGAUGUCUGUAUGGCAAGAAUGGCUGAUAGCCAUGGCCUACAUUCACCCGAAGAACACGGAAGAGCAAAAGAUCUCGGACAUGGUGUACUCGUUGUUUCGCAUGCUUCUGCAUCAUGCUAUAAAGCACGAGUACGGUGGAUGGCGAGUGUGGGUGGACACUCUGGCCAUCGUGCACUCCAAGGUAUCCUACGAGGAAUUCAAGCUUCAGUUCGCUCAAAUGUACGAACACUACGAGAGACAACGAUCAGACAACAUCACCGAUCCCGAGUUGAGGCAGCAGAGGCCGAUCAGCACCAUCUCCGGUUGGGAUCAGCAACAUUCGGGGAACAACGGUUACAACAAACCGUCACCCUGGGGCAAUCAACAGAAUCACGACGUACAACACGUGGAGAGGAAUUACAAGGAGUUCGACGCGACCGAGGGCAACGACCGUCUGGAGGAGUCGUGCAGCUGCGACCUGAACUCGAUAGACAACACGGAGAGCGACGGUAGCCCAGCGAUCGUCAAGUCGCACAGCGAGACCCUGGACACUGCUCAAUCGAGCGAGGCGAUAUCCCUCGACUCGAGACUGAGCGACAAGCCGGAAACACCGACGACAGCGCGCGAGAUCCACACGGACACGCCGACGAUCCUCGAGGAAGGGAACAGCGAGGCAGUCUCCAUCCCGACGACCCAGGAGACCAGCGAGGCGAUAUCGAUAGAGAGCUCCAGCGAUUUCUACAGCGAGGUGCACAAGAUCGAAGGUUCUAGUCCAGACUCGCUGGCGGUGGUGCAGGAGGUGCACCCGAAGAAGGACGACGAUGCUCCGGAGCAGAAGUCGACACAGGACGAGACGACCGUCUCGCAACCGUCUGCCGUUGAAAAGAGAGAGAGGAAGAGUGUACAGACAGAGGAAACGACAACAAUGUCUGAGGAGAAGGCGGACGUGCCUGGCGCCGCCGGUUCGAACGUGCAGAAAUCGCAGGACGACGAGACCUGCGAAGCUGAAGGUGAGAUGGAGGCCGAGGCCGAGGUCGAUGCUGAGGCGGAAACCGAGGCAGAGGCUGAGGUUGAAGCUGAAACCAAGGUGGAAGCCGCAGCUGACGCCGAGACCGAAGCUGCAGCUGCUGCAGUAAACGAGAUCGAAGAAGAGACGACAAAGGGCAAAGAAACAUCGACGGUGGAAGAUGAAAAUGUUACUCCCAACGAUGAGAUUUCUUCGGACAAGGUAGAGAGUUCCGAGGAAACGAAACAACAGACGGACGAACAGACGACGGAGGAAGUCUCAGCGGACUCGGUUGUUGUUCAAACGGAGCAAAUGGAUUCGGGACCUGUGUCGCCUGUUUCCUCCAGCGAGACGUCAGAGCCACUGAUCAUCAAGGACAUUGAGAAGCUACAACUGGAGAACGAUCGGGAAGUGAUCGACAGCGACACGUCAGAGGCGUACUUGACACCGACGGAGAACCAGGACAAUUUGGGCGAUAUAAAGUCUAAGGAGCUGGACAAGAUGGACGAGAAUGUUGUUAACGAGGACGUUGAACAGACGAAGAAGACGAGCGUGGACGUUGAGGAUAAUACCGAGAACGAGAACGAGAACGAGAACGAGGGAGGCGAGGAAACGGUGAAGAAUUCCAAUUGCUCAACUAGCGUAAUAGAAAGUAUCGAGACCGGUGAGAAGAAGGUCGACGUAGAAGAGGAGAGAACGGAGACAGUAGUGACUAGUGAGUUAAGUAGUGAGAGAUGCGCCGUGGACUCUUUAACUGAGAACAAAAGUGCUGUUAUUAAUGAUAACGGGGAGAAGGUAACAAAUGAAAAACAUUCAAGGGAGCCGUCCACUAUUUCUACUAACGUAAGUGAUAAUCAGUCAGACACUCCGGUGAGAACUGAAGCCGUGGUAGAGGUAACAGAUAAUAGUGUUUGUAGUAAUAGCGAUAUUCAAAGUUCUGUAGAUAACGCGACGCAAGUGCCAAAUCCUAAACAGCAAAUUCCAACAAUAUCUACGGUCUGUGAUGCAAAUAAAAAAAAUAUGCCCGACGGUGUGCCUCAAAUCGUUAGUUCUACAGUGGUUGCGAGGGAUAAUUCGUUGUUGAAUGACUUAACUCCGGAUCACGUAGAUGCCCAUCGCAGAUCCAGCUUGCCGGCUGUAUCCACCGAGACAGCCACCGACGAUAAUCUAAACAGUAACGAACCUCCUUCUUUACCCGUACCCUUGCGUAAAACAUCGUCACCUCAGAAACGACCAAGGAGUGCCUCAACGUCCACGCAAGUGGAUCCCAAUCAUUUCGAAUCGAAACGAUCGAAGCAAGGUAAUCCUUCCACGAGACCAAUGUUUAGUCCAGGCCCGACUCGACCACCUUUCAGAAUACCAGAAUUCAAAUGGUCUUACAUACAUCAAAGGUUACUCUCGGAUGUCCUCUUUUCGUUAGAGACAGACAUUCAAGUCUGGAGAAGUCACUCGACGAAGUCGGUGUUGGACUUUGUAAACAGCAGCGAGAACGCGAUUUUUGUUGUUAAUACCGUUCAUCUGAUAUCGCAACUGGCUGACAAUUUGAUAAUCGCCUGCGGGGGGUUGUUGCCGCUCCUGGCGUCGGCGACCUCGCCAAAUAGCGAAUUGGAUGUAAUUGAACCAACUCAGGGGAUGCCAAUUGAGGUAGCGGUUUCUUUUCUGCAAAGACUAGUCAACAUGGCUGAUGUACUUAUCUUCGCCAGCUCUUUAAAUUUCGGUGAACUGGAGGCCGAGAAGAAUAUGUCUAGUGGCGGUAUUCUAAGGCAGUGUUUACGACUGGUUUGUAUUUAUCGUCCACGUCUGUACAUGUGCCGUUAGAAACUGCUUAGAGUGUAAAGAACGUGGCAGAUCGUACAGCAUGUUAGGUCGGCAGAUUGGUUCUAGUAAUAAAUCACAGCACAUACAGUCUCUUAUACGUGGAGCUCAAACAUCACCCAAGAACAUUGUGGAUAAUCUGGCACAUCAAUUAAGCCCUGUAAAAGAUCCAGAGAAAUUACUGCAGGAUAUGGACGUGAAUCGCUUAAGAGCUGUGAUAUACAGAGAUGUUGAAGAAACCAAGCAGGCCCAGUUUCUGUCCCUCGCUAUAGUUUACUUCAUCUCUGUACUAAUGGUGUCGAAGUACCGUGAUAUAUUGGAACCACCAAUAUCACAACGACCACCAAGUCCAGUUCAAACGAUACAGACUAAUGGUGCUAGUUUGAGACCAGGUAGCCCUUCAGAUGGGAAUGGUGGUGGAGGAGGGCGGCCCCUGUUUCCACAGUGGUCUCACCACGUGUACCCACAGUUCCUCCCGGGAUCUCACCCUAACGCCAAUGCGAAUGCCAAUGCCAAUGCCAACCACCAUAUGAACCAGCACCACCACCAGCACCCGCUACCGGCUGCCAGGCACUCUAAUCGCCAGCCCCCCUCCAACUAUUAUCUCCCGAAUCACCACAGUAAUCAUUACAACCAUCAUCCGAGUAACCAUAACUAUCAUCGUCAUCAUCAUUACCAUCAUCACAAUAACAACAAUCACCAUCAUACGCUUCAAAAGCAUAUCGAUCAGCCCCGAAAUCUCUGUCAUAGAAACUCCGGUGUUGGUCUGCAAGGAAGCGGAGGUAUAAUGAGCCAAGCCGGUUCGCAAGAUGACGGCGAGUACGAGGUGAUAAUCGUCGACGAGAACAACUCGUCGAUCCUUGCGGAUCACGACGUUACGUCGUCAGGGCCACCGUCGACGAAGGGAGGUCACAGUGGUGUACCUCGGCCACGGACAAUUCUCGAGGAUUACACCUCGUCAGAACCAACGCUUGGCUCUUCGACAAGACCGACUGAACCACUGCCACGAAAUGUCCAGAGCAACGACUCGAGCGAAGAGACGGUACAUCGCAGCAACAUCACCGCGGAUGCCAGCCCUUCCGAGGUUGCCACGGACAACGAGAACAAACUCAAUUCCUCCGAGGAAGCAUGGACCGACGUAAACCUGAACGAAGACGGGGACACGAUCCCAAUGACGAAUCAGAGGGAUGAUCCGCGAAACAUUCACAAUAUAGCGCACUCUCGC